GCCAUGUGCCCAAAAAACAGCUGACAAGCUAUUUCCUGUUCCACCCUCCCAGCGAACAGACCUGUGGUGUUUGCAGCAGCAGCAGCAGCGGACACAUCACCUCGGUCUGGCCAGCCGGCAGGACGCAGGCUUUGGUGGUGACUUUGGCCUGCAGGAAGCGCAUGAAGAGGAGGAGGAGGAGGAGGAGGAGGAGGAAGAGCGUCACUGUCAUCAGGAGACGAUGAGGGGGACGUGAGGACAUCUCAUCUUGAGGACAUCUCAUCUUCUCACCGCGCUCCUUGGAAACAUCACAUUUUUAUUAGUCAAACCUCUAAAUCUUCACUGGAACUACUUUUGCAGGAGAGACCUCCACUCAGGACCAGGGUCUGCCAAGAGGCACCAGGAUAAAGAUCAGGGUGGAGGGGGGAGAGCGGAGCCCCUGAUGGCAACCACUGGAACAAGGGUAGAAUGUUGCUGUCCCUGGAGAGCAAGAAGCAGUCCUGGCUCCCACGUCCACUAUGUUGCUACUUGAACCACGCCGCCAUUGUGAGGGCGCUGGGAGACAUCAGCCAUCGUCUUUACAUCCAGCAGGGCAUCCUUCACACUGCAAAAAGAGUAGAUUUCCAGCGUGUGAAGAAAGUACCUGGAGAUGGUAGCGACUUGAAGGCACAGCUGAAGCAGCAUGGAGCCUAUUAGGAAAGACAUGGAUCUGCUGAGUAACAGCAUGGCGACAUAUGCUUACAUCAAAGCCUACCCAGAGACCGUCGCCCUCAUUUUCAUGAUGGGCGUCUGUCUUGGCCUGCUCGCCGCCCUGUGCCUCCUGAUAGUCGGCCUCAACUGCGACCCGAGGCCCCGCAGGCCUCUUCCGGCACCUCAGAGGACGCAGCGGCAGUCUCGCCAGGAGGAGGAAGAAGAGGAAGAAGUGGGAGAUGGAAGCGUAGCACAACAAGAGUUGUCUGAAAACCACAAACUGACCAUCAUACCGAUGGACGAGCGCAGCACGCAGUCCAACGGCAGCCUGAAGAGCGUGGACGUGUUCGCCUCGGCCGAGGAGCUGGAGAAGGCGCGGCGUCUGGAGGAGAGGGAGCGCAUCGUUAGGGAGAUAUGGAGGAACGGGCAGCCCGAUAUCCUGGUCACUGGGACUGGAACUAUUGGACGCGUCCACUACCACUAGUGUCCGAACACAUCCAACGUUUGAAGUAUUUUUAUGGAACAACCAGGCAGAUAAUAAUGUUAUUACCAGAACUAGAUGAUCUGAUGUACAAAACCCAAAAGCAGUCAAGUCGCCACGUUGUGUAAAUGGUAAAUAAAAACAGAAUACAAUGAUUUGCAAAUCCUUUUCAACUUAUAUUCAGUUGAAUAGACUGCACAGAUAUUUAAUGGUCCAACUUAGAAACUUCUUUUUUUUGUAAAUAAUCAUUAACUUAGAAUUUAAUGGCAGCAACACAUUGCAAAGAAGUUGUCACAGGGGCAUUUUUACCACUGUGUCAUAUGGCCUUUCCUUUUAACAACACUCUGUAAAUGUUUGGGAACUGAAGAGACACAUUUUUUGAAGCUUUUCAGGUGGAAUUUUUUCCCAUUCUUGCUUGAUGUGCAGCUUAAGUUGUUCAACAGUCCGGGGUCUACGUUGUGGUAUUUCACACUUCAGUGUGCCACACAUUUUCAAUGAGAGACGGGUCUGGACUACAGGCAGGCCCGUCUAGUACUCGCACUCUUUUACUAUGAAGCCACGCUGUUGUAACACGUGGCUUGACAUUGUCUUGCUGAAAUAAGCAGGGGCGUCCGUGAUAUCGUCGCUUGGAUGGCAACAUAUGUUGCUCCAAAAACCUGUAUGUACCUUUCAGUAUUAAUGGUGCCUUCACAGAUGUGUAAGUUACCCAUGCCUUGGGCACUAAUACAGAUACUGACUUGUGAACUUUGCGCCUAUAACAAUCCGGAUGGUUCUUUUCAGUAUUAAUGGUGCCUUCACAGAUGUGUAAGUUACCCAUGCCUUGGGCACUAAUACAGAUGCUGACUUGUGAACUUUGCACCUAUAACAAUCCAGAUGGUUCUUUUCCUCUUUGCACCGGAGGACACAAUGUCCACAGUUUCCAAAAACAAUUUGAAAUGUGGACUUGUCAGACCACAGAACACUUUUCCACUUUGCAUCAGGCCAUCCUAGAUGAGCUCGGGCCCCACCUAGCUGGCAGUAUUUAUGGGUGUUGUUGAUAAAUGGCUUUGGAUAGUCGAGUUUUAACUUGCACUUGCAGAUGUAGCAACCAACUGUAGUUUACUGACAGUGGUUUUAUGAAGUGUUCCUGAGCCUAUGUGGUGAUAUCCUUUACACACAGAUGUCCCUUUUUGAUGCAGUAGCGGCUGAGGGAUCGAAGGUCUGUAAUAUCAUCGCUUACGUGCAGUGAUUUCUCCAGAUUUUCUGAACUUUUUGAUAUUGCGGACCGUAGAUAGUGAAAUCCCUAAAUUUCUUACAAUAGCUUGUUGAGAAGUGUUGUUCUUAAACGGUUGGAAAAUUUGCUCACGCAUUUGUUGACAAAGUGGUGACCCUCGCCCCAUCCGUGUUUGAGAAUGACAGAGCUUUUCAUGGAAGCUGCUUUUAUACCCAAUCAUGGCACCCAUCUGUUCCCAAUUAGCCUGUUCACCUGUAAGAUGUUCCAAACAAGUGUUGGAUGAGCAUUCCUUAACUUUCUCAGUCUUUUUUGCCACUUGUGCCUGCUUUUUUGAAUAAUGUUGCAGGCAUUAAAUUCCAAAUGAGCUAAUAUUUGCAAAAAAUGAAGUUUUCCAGUUCGAACAUUAAGUAUCUUUGCAGUCUUGUUAAUUGAAUAUAGGUUGAAAAGAAUUUGCAUAUCCUUCUGUUGUUUUUAUUUACCAUUUACACAAUGUGCUGACUUCACUGGUUUUGGGUUUUGUAGGUCUGAUUAAAUUGUAGGUGGGAAAUAUCCUUUUGAGAACCAAUGUUCUCUGCAGUAGACAUUGAGGUUCAGCAUACUAGGGCCAUUUUUCAUCUGAGCAUGAUGGUACAUUGUCAGCAUAACGCAAAAGCUGUAUUUUUAUUUGUUCAGUUGACCCUGGGCUCCCAACUUAUUCAAACCCAUCCCUCCAUUUUCUACCGCUUGUCAAACCAUGUACACAAUAUAAUUUUUAUAAUAAAGGAAAUUACUUUU